AUGAUGCUCGUAAAGAAUCUCUAAAAAACUGGAAGACAACACUUGGCUGCAGUAAAGACAGGUCUCACUCAGACUGGCCAAGCAAAAGUGGCUAGGAGAGGCUAUUUCUCAUUCGUUGACAGAGUUAAGGACAGAUUCUUCAAGCCAUACAGACACUUCCAAAGCUUUGCUGAGCCUGAUAACCUCAACUAUGAGUCCCAACUUCCAGAGGGCUAUAGAACUCACGGUAACACCGCAGCAUCAUUCAGUGCCUCUAUCACUCAGAAUGCUAUUGAGCUAAAUCAAUGGCAUGAAAUGGAGUCAGUUGUGCACUCCCAAUUCGGUACCGUCGACAACCCAGUUCUUAUUUUCACUUCAGACAGUUCAUGGAGAAUUGUUAUUUGCAUGGGGCCAGGUAUUGAAGAUGAUUCUCACUCUCAUGAAAAGAUGUUCUAUUUCGUUAGAGAGGGGCCAAUUCACAGAUGCCAAACUUGCGGUCAAUGCUUUAAAAUCGUAAGACUAAAGGAUGAGUUUUCAGAGUUGCAAGAUUAUUAUUCACUUAUGUUCUCAACAUUAUCACAUUUCGACGUUGCUGAAGAGGACAUGAUGAUUAAUCUCACUUCAUUCUUCGGAGAUAGACCCUAAGCUACCAUCCAAACUAUUCCAGCUACCAAUGUAUACAUUCAUGUAAACUCUGACGAAGCUGACAGAAUCUUGGUUGAUCCUGCUUACAAACUUGAGAGAUUACAAGAGGCUCAUGAAAAAUUAUACGCUAUGCAUCAAGCUUACGUUGAAGUUGACAGACAACUAAGUGACCAUAGAAUAUACAUUCCAACUCCAUAUGGCAAGGAUUUAUUUGAGACCUGGUACGCUAUUGAGAAGUCAAUCAGAAAGUUUGACAGAAUAUUCAAUAAGGUUGAGAAGUUCUAAUCCAGAAAAUUCAUCGACCCAGAAAAUCACGAAAGACGUGAGAGAAGAAUGCUUGAAAGAAAGAGAGAAAGAUGGGUAGAAAACUAUACAUACUUCUUCGGAGGACUCACUGAAGAAGAGCAAUAGUACAGAGACUAUUAUGAAUCUGAUCUUGAAGUUGACCCAGAAGACGAUCUCAUUGAGGAGAAGUUUGACGAGUUGCAAAUUGCUGCAGAGGGUCAAUUCCAAUUCAAGAACUACGAUUUCGUUGAGACUGCUCUCUUGGAAGAGCCUCAUGAAAACUUCGAAGAUGUUAUUGAGAACAAGAUCUUCAAGUACAAAUACAGACACUGCAAUGACGACCAAGACACCUACGGCAGAAGACAAGGCAGAGUUAUCUCCAGAUUCGUUGAGAGAGCUCAGGCCAGAGAUCCAGCUCUUGAACAAGAUCUCUUCGAGCUCUAUCAACAAGACACCAAAGAGACAUCUGUAGCACAAUUCAUGCUAGAUCCCGCAACAUUCAAGACUCGCGCUGUUGAUGACACCAGACCAAUGAGAGAGUACAUUAUCAGAGAAGCACUUCAAUAAUACAAGGACUACUAUGAGACUGACAAGGAAGAGCAGCCAUUCUUCGAGUACUUCGACAACUUGGCCAACAGAGAUAAAUUAAGAUUCGCAGAGAUCUUCGAGGAUCAGACUGUUGAUCUUUCAGACAGAAAGGACUACAUGAUGAUUGCCAAGAGAGAGCACAACCCAGAGCUCUCUAUUUUCUCCAACUUCAUGCUUGACCUCAUUGACUUCAAAGACAGAGUUAGACCUCUUGCCAACGACAUGGCUCUUAUGGAUGCUACUAGAAACUUCCAAAAGCAAAACAUGAAUCAACUCAUAGAUGAGCAAAAAGAAUUCUAUGAGGCUGUUAAAAUGGUAAAAGAUAACCUUGGUAAAGAGCAAUUGGAAGAGGGCUACUCAUCCAGAGAGUUGGAAGCUGGAAGCAACUCAGGGGAUGUUCAGAGGAGAGAAUAAUGA